AUGGAUGGUGAUAAUACAAUGAAUUUAGAUAGAAUUUUUGACACGUUCAAGAGCACUGUUGAUAUUAUGAAGAAUACUGCCCAUGGAUUAGCUCAAAGAAGCUCAACUAUUUAUAAUUUAUUAUAUAUGAGUGAUAUUAUGCAAAAUAAAGGUGAUUAUCAGGGUGCCCUACCAACGAAUAUAAUUCUCAACAAAAAUAUGAUUAUAAAAUGUAUUUUAGCAAUAUUUUUCAUAUAUAUAGUAUUUACAGUUUUUUCAUAUAUAUUUGUUAAUUAUAUCCUUUUCUAUGGCAUCAUUAUAGUUGCUCUUGUAUUUGGUAUCAAAUAUUUUGGUGAUCAUUACAAUUUUUCUAACGAUGCCGAACCCUUAUUACAAGAUAGUUAUCACAACUUUGAAGCACAUAGCAUAUAA